AUGGCGGCGCUGCCGCAGAACAACCUGCGGGAGCAGCUGCGGCUCCACUCGGCCCGCGGAGCCCUCACGGCCCUCCGCGCCCCGGGGCCGCCGCGGGACCGCCCGCCGGGCUUCACGUUCAAGAAGGCGCGCGGGGGCUCCGCGGCCGCCUCGGUACUGAGGGACAAGGACGUGAACACCUCCCUGGCCGCGCCCGCCGCUCCCCCGGCCGGGAAAGCGCCCGCCUGUGGCUCUGAGCCCCCCCGCAGCACCGGCAGCGCCGCUCCCGCCGGGAAGGCCGGUCCCGGCCCUGCCGUCACCAUCGGCGAUGAAUGGGAUGACAUCGACGACUUCGACCUGUCGGGGAUCGAGAGGUUCUGGCGGCCGCCCUUCCUGCCCCCCAAGGGGCCGCGGGCCCCCGGCAAGGCCGGCCCGGAGCCGCCCGGCUGUGGCGGCCCCGCGGGCGCGGAGGCACCGCCCGAGGCUGAGCCGCGCCCCCUCUCACAGCGGUCCGUGAUCUGCCUCGAGGACUCGCCCCCCGGCCUGGCUCUGGAUGAGGACACGGCAGAGCCUCACCCAGCUGCUGGUGCUGAAGGAGUUGGGGGCCAGGAGCCACGAGGGGCUGGAAACAGCCCUCCAGAAUUGGAGGAGGCUGUCGGGCCAUUGGCAGGCAAUGAGCUUGAGGAGGAUGAGCUGGACAUCAUCCCUCCCUCCCCCGAGGAGGAGCUGCCUCCCUUCUCCCCUUCUGUACAAAGUAUCAGGUAA